CACCAGGUGUUGAUAGCAUUGAAAUGGAGCCAGUGACCAUUGCUUGUUAUCGGCAGACACAGAUUUUCGAUGGGGAAGGAGAGAACAAAGAAAAGGAUCGGGAAGACAAAGUAAUUAACAAUCAACGAACAUAUCUCUCUUUCGAUGGAAGCACCGAUACCGUAACUGAGAACCCUAAGCGAUUUGUUUCGGUUUCGGUUUCUGUUUCUGUUUCUUUUUACUCUCGCUGAUCCAGCGAUCUUCCUUUCUUUCUUUCAUGGAUUCUUGAUCUUGAUCAGAAACAAGCAGCAAGAGUGGAGCUGUUAUACGGAGAAUCCAUUGGGUCAUAUGAAGUGCUUACUUGAUUGGAUUGGUUCUCUAGCAGUUGAUUCUGACGUACCGUAUUUUCAUGUUUUCACACCCAACAAACUUUUUGGCCAAUUCACGGAGGUGAGUGGAGUGAGAUAAAAAUUUUCUUGUGUUGAUUGGAUACCGCGUGGUAACUGCAAACUGAGCAGAAGAGAAGAAAGGUAGUUAUGGCUGAAGGAGCAGAGCAAAUUGAGCUUAAAUUCCGCAUUUAUGACGGAACAGAUAUAGGGCAUAGUACUUAUGCGUCAUCAAUGACUGUUGGAACUCUGAAGCAAAGGCUAGUUACAGAGUGGCCCCGAGAUAAAACAGUAUUACCCAAGUCAGUAAAUGAUUUGAAACUAAUACAUGCUGGUAAAAUAUUGGAGAAUAGUAAGACACUUGCUGAUUCCAGAAUAACCUAUGGUGACCUUCCUGCUGGGGUUAUAACAAUGCAUGUACUGGUACAGCCUCCUGCAGCUAAGAAGAAGAUGGACAAAAACCCAGAGGAGAUGAAAAAGCAGAAUUCAUGCUCAUGUGUUAUCCUUUGACAUUGGAAGCAUGCUUUUUGGCUACAAAUGCCGACAGCAUCACCCAUUGAAAAUUUUUUGUUUAAUUAGUGAUAUUAGUGCAGUUUCACAUUUCAUAUGGCAUUCAUAUGUGUGGAUUGCAUUUGCAAUUUCUAAUUGCUUUUGUUGUUUUUCCUGUUGUAAUCAGUCUCUUAAAAGCAAUAUUAGACUAUCAGCUCAUUUUCUUUACCCGGGAGUAGUAUUUUGCUGAGCACAGUGAUAGAGGCGUAUGUUUAUUUGAGAUAUAGACAGAGAGAUAUAGUAUGAACUAGAUGAACUUUAGCAUUUGGCAUUAAUUAGUUGUUUUUUUAUUUGUCAAAUGAAAGGCAUUCUGGAACUGCAUGUAUAUUUGAAAGUGCGGGAGAAUGAUGAUAGGUGUUUAGGAGGAUUUGUAGUUUAA